CCAGUGACUAUUUACUUCAGGGCACACCAACGAAUUCGGCAGUUCUGGAUGAUCGAUACUUUGAAGCAGAAACAACACAGUAUUACAGGAAGUGUGUCAAAACGUCAACCGAGUGAAGGGCGUGACUUGUUACUGACGUCACUGUUUGCGCGCCAAGAACAAAUAGUUAUCUGAGACGCUGUUACUUAAGUAAUGGAUAUGAAAUGAGCUCACAGUGCAGAGGUCAGGGCAACUGGAGAGGAAGAGGAGGUGGUGGUUUCCGAGGCUGGAGAGGAAGUGGAACGGGAGGUUCUGGAAACUAUUCUGGAAGUUGGAGAGGCCGGCCUUGGAGAGGAAGAGGAGAUGGAGGAAGUGCACAGAGAGGAAACUGGAGAAAAGGCCAUGGAAGUUCUGAAGGUGAUUUUCCAUCUGCUUCACGACCUCGAAUGAUUCAGUCAACACUGGACCAGUAUGCCCCAUAUAAAGGGUGGAAACUUUAUUUUUCUGGAGUUUACAGUGAGAGUUCCCCACUUCUGGAGAAAGUCCAAGCCUUUGAAAAGUUUUUUAUGAGCCGGAUUGAACUGUAUGACAAGGAUGAAAUAGAAAGAAAAGGAAGUAUAUUAGUUGACUAUAAAGAACUUCUUCAAGAUGAAGGAUUAGCCGAGUCGAUUCCAAAUUUCAGUACUGAAUUGAAGGAUAUGCCAGAAAAAAUGUUGGCAUGUAUGGGUUUGGCAGUCCAUCAGGUUCUGACCAAAGACCUGGAGAGACAUGCAUUAGAACUUCAGGAGCAGGAAGGACUUCAAAGUGAAGAAGCACCAAUUGUGAAUGUACCUUGUAUCCAUGCAAGGAUCUACAACUAUGACCCACUAACCCCACUAAAGAACCUCAGGGCUAACUGCUAUGGCAAAUACGUUGCCUUACGUGGAACUGUUGUGCGUGUUGGUAACAUUAAGCCUCUUUGCAUCAAGAUGGCCUUUGUAUGUGUUGCCUGUGGUGAUAUCCAGAGCCUGCCACUUUCAGAUGGAAAAUACUCACUUCCAACCAAGUGUCAGCAGUCAGAUUGUCGUGGGAAACUGUUUACUCCAGACAGAAGCUCUCCUUUAACAGUUACUGUGGACUGGCAGUCUAUAAAGAUUCAAGAAUUGAUGUCUGAUGACCAGCGAGAAGCAGGAAGAAUCCCUCGAACAAUAGAAUGCGAACUAGCUCAAGACCUUGUAGAUAGCUGUGUGCCAGGAGAUAUGGUCACUGUCACUGGUAUUGUCAAGGUUUCCAGUACAGAGGAAGGGUCUGGCAAGAACAAAAAAGAUAAAUGCAUGUUCUUGUUGUACAUCGAAGGUAACUCAGUCAGUAACAGCAAAGGGCAGAAAGCAAAAGAUGCGGAUGGUACUGCAGGUCAUGGAGUGUCCUUGGAUUUUUCACUGAAGGAUCUUUAUGCAAUACAGGAGAUUCAAGCAGAAGAAAAUCUGUUCAAAUUAAUUGUCAACUCACUUUGCCCUGCUAUAUAUGGUCAUGAGCUUGUUAAAGCUGGCUUGGUUUUGGCAUUGUUUGGGGGAUGCCCAAAGUAUAUGGAUGACAAAAACCGAAUUCCAGUCAGGGGUGAUCCUCAUAUUUUGGUUGUUGGAGAUCCAGGAUUGGGGAAGAGUCAAAUGUUGCAGGCUGUAUGUAACAUAGCUCCACGUGGUGUGUACGUAUGUGGCAACACCUCUACUACCUCUGGUUUGACAGUGACCCUUUCAAGAGACAGCAGCUCUGGAGAUUUUGCGUUAGAAGCUGGUGCUCUGGUACUUGGAGAUCAAGGUAUUUGCUGCAUUGAUGAAUUUGAUAAGAUGGGGAACCAGCAUCAGGCUUUGCUGGAAGCUAUGGAGCAACAAAGCAUAAGUCUUGCCAAAGCCGGUAUUGUUUGCAGUCUGCCAGCACGAACAUCUAUAAUUGCUGCAGCAAAUCCAGUGGGCGGUCAUUACAACAAGGGCAGAACAGUGUCUGAAAAUCUGAAGAUGGGAAGUGCCUUGCUGUCCAGGUUUGACUUGGUGUUUAUUUUAUUGGACACACCAAAUGAAGAUCAUGACCACUUGCUUUCUGAGCAUGUGAUGGCAAUGCGUUCUGGGAAAAAGGGAAUGCUCAGCAGUGCCACAGUGACUCGAAAUAAUGCAGAAGAUCCCAAUACCUCCAUUCUUGAUGUGGUUUCAGACAAGCCUUUAUCAGAAAGGCUGAAGGCUGUUCGUGGAGAGCACAUUGAUGUUAUACCUCACCAGUUAUUGAGAAAAUAUGUAGGCUAUUCUCGCCAGUAUGUUCAUCCAAAGCUAUCCCCUGAGGCAGCAUCUGUGCUGCAGGAGUUCUAUUUAGAACUAAGGAAACAGAAUCAAGGUGCAGACAGUACUCCAAUCACAACAAGGCAGUUAGAAUCUCUUAUCCGACUUACAGAGGCAAGAGCAAGGCUGGAACUACGGGAAAAAGCAACAAAAAACGAUGCAGAAGAUGUUGUAGAGAUAAUGAAGCAUAGCAUGCUUGACACAUAUGCUGAUGAAUUUGGGAGACUUGAUUUUCAACGAUCACAGCAUGGUUCUGGAAUGAGCAACAGAUCCCAAGCUAAAAAAUUUAUUGCAGCACUGAACAGAGUAGCUGAACGGACAUACAACAAUCUGUUUGAAUAUCAGCAACUUCGACAGAUAGCAAAGGAGCUGCAAAUGCAGGUACCUGACUUUGAAGGCUUCAUUAGUUCUCUAAAUGACCAAGGCUAUCUUCUGAAGAAAGGACCUAAAAUGUAUCAGCUUCAGACAAUGUGAAAAAAAAAAAACAACUAAAGUUUCUCCUCAUGACACCUUUUCUGCUGACUUGGAGUUUUGUUUUACUACACAGGAACUUUAAGAUCGACAGAAAACCAUUUACUAAAAAGAAGAUAGUUAUAGACACUUGACCUUGAGAGCUGUAACAGUUUUUCAGCAAGUUUGUGAAGUGACACAUUAUUUUAUUAUAAAUAAAACAAAACAGGGAAGGACAUCUUAAAAAGCAAAAAAGCAAUGGUAUUCAAUGUCAGAAAGGAUGUAUUUUAGCAUGAACUGAGGAAAUACUUUAAAAGUGUUGUAUUCAAGUCUUAGAGAAAGUAAGAAGGCCAAAUUACAUGUUGUAUCAUCACAGCCAUUAAGUAUACAAGAAACUUUCUUAACUCACACAAGAGACAAAAUACUUUAAUUGCAUCAUGUUAUGCUUAUAGAAGACAUACUUGGGAAGCAAGUAGACAAAUGUGUGGCUGACUUCUCUGUUAUGGCCUGUUUCUUGGCUGAAAAGUGUUGAAGAAGAACCAUUUCAUUUAUUCAGUUAACUAAAUACAUUAAAUUAAAAAUAUAGUCAACUGUGGCAGGCUGAGGUCCAGUUUUCACAAUCCUCAUUGCUAAUACUGGCAGCUUCCAUUAUAGAAAUGGUAUAAUUUGAAAUAAGAUGAGCAAUAGGUCUUGAGUCUAGCUAGGGCAAGGAAUACAGAAUUUAACUGACUUUUAGCAUAAUUUGAAACACCACAAAUUUUUCUGCCCAUCGGUGUCACAAGUUGUAGAAUUGUAUUAUUUUAUUUGGCUCUAUUAUGAAAUCAACACUAUUUUAAAAAGAUGUUAUCACACUGUUUAUUUCCAGUCUAAAAUUUGGAAAUUUCAAUUAUUCAUCAGUAAUGGUUUGUCUGAUUUAAUUUAAUGGUUUGCCUCCAUUGGUAAUAUGAAGCAUGACGUGCAGAUAGAUUUAGAUCUGAUUUAAAGAUGUAUAAAUUUUGUUAAGUUAAAAAUGCUGAUUUGCUGAUGUAAGUAAAUUUUCAGAAGUAUUUCUAUUUGUAUAAAAUGUGCAGAUGAAUUUUUAAAAUCUUUAUUUAUUUCUGAAUACACUCUCAAUUCUAAACUGAGUUUUCCAAGAGGAUAGAUUGUAUUCCUGAUAAUUAUUUUCAGCCUGUUUUGUCAUUUCUAAUACUAAUUAAAUUA